AUGUUAGUACGUCUUCAAAAACCCGAAACCCGACGGAAGACCGUGCUCGGGUUUUUCGACGAAAAGACCGUACUUAAACCCGAAGAAAACACGACCCGGAAAACCCUAAUUUCAGUUCAACAAACAAAAAUAGAUCAACAAAUUCGAACUGGAAAAAUUGUCGUCAUUGACUUCGCAUAA